UGCAAUCUUCACAUACUACUGGAUGUAAUAAGGACUUGACUAAUACAAUGAAAGCUCCGGUAAUUGGUCAAAUGUUUGGUAGUUGGGACGAACUUGACUACUUCAUAUCUUCCUAUACAAAAUCACAGAAUUUUGUAAGCAUCAUACGUGGAUCAGAAUAUAAAGAUAGAAUUUGUCGAAACCGUCGAUACGUUUGUGAAUAUCAAGUUCGUGCUAGUUGUCCUAAAACAACAGGAGAAUUAAAGAUCACUUCAGUUUGUUUGAAUCACAAUGAUCACCCAAUAAAAAAUGAUACCAAUAAAUUUGCUUUGAAAUACCGGACGUUUUCUGAAGAUAUGUUAAAGGAUAUUAGAUUUUGGACUGAGAUAGGGAAUAUCAAUAUGAGAACUCAAUAUCAAAUGCUAACUAAGCAGUAUCCUGAUGCUUUUUUUUUACCACAAGAUCUUUCAAAUAUUAUCCAAACCUUCAAAUGGCAAAAUUACGUCGAAUGUGAGACAGCCACCUUAAUUAAUAAUCUCCUUGAUUGUAAAGCUAAAGACAAUAGGUGGAUUGUAAAUUGGAAGGUUGACUCUGCUAAUAAUUCACUUACAUUAUUAUUCUGGGUGUCACCUGAACAAUAUGAUUUAUAUGUACAAUACCGUGACGUUAUUCAACAUGACAACACUUAUUUGACCAACCGGUUUAAGAUAGCACUGGGUUUUUUUGUAAUAGUAGACAACAACAAUCGGUCUCGUUUAAUAGGGCAAGCCUUUAUAAAUGAUAAAACUACAGAAAGCUACGAAUGGGUUCUACAAAGUUUAAUUAAAAAUACAGGUGUUAUACCUUUAACAAUAAUAACGGACAAUGAUCUUGCCAUUAAUGCUGCAAUUGCAAACGUUCUGCCUAAUACACAUCAC